UUCAAGAUGGCAGCGCCCGUAAAUCUAAACAAUAUUCCAGAUGAUCCUUUAAAUCACAUUUUCUCAUACCUGGAUUAUAAGGACUUGGUCAGUUGCUGUAGAGCAUGCCAUCGGCUUCAUGCAGUUGCUGAAAACAACGUUCAUUGGAAAAGAUUAUGUCAGUUUUACUGGCUAGAGACAAAUUCAAUCAGUGUUAGUGACUGGAAACAACAUUUUGUAGCAUGGUACAAAGACUAUGGGCGAUAUGUAAACUGCUACAGGAAAAUAAAAAAAGCUUGGACAAAUAUUGAAAACUUCAUCGAAAAAUCCUGUCCAAAGAUAUAUAGUUCAAUCCAAUCUGGUGUUUCCGAGGAGGUUUUAACAGAAGCAGAGAACAGAAUUCAUCAGAACCUACCAGAUGCAUUCAGAUGUUCCUACAGAAUUCAUAAUGGACAGUCUCUUAUAACACAUGGGCUGAUGGGGACUGUUAAGAUUGCUAGUCAUGUCAGAACACAAGAGCUUCUGGAUCUGCGGACAGCAACCAACAACUAUCAGGAUCAUGGGGACCUAAAGUUCAUGAUGCCUAUCACACUGUGCCCUUUCACACAUGUGGCUCAGUUACUGGUGCUAUCGGAAGACAGCGGUCUUGGUUAUGGUCAGGUGGUCUAUCCUACACCUGACAAUAUGCUCCUUUCAAAUAAUUCUGCCAUGGAUUUCUUUAUAUCAGGGAAUUCCUUUGAGGAUUGGUUUAUAUCAUAUGCACAGGAUUUGGAGAGAAAUACAUUCUCAGUUGUGAAUGGGCAGAUUUACAGGUUAUAUCGUGAGCCUUCCUGUAUUGCUGUCACCAGUGGUAUCCAAGUAACAGUUGCCACUGCCUUCAUGCCAGAGCUCAGCACAAUUAACCCACCUCACUUCUUCUUUGUCUAUUAUAUCACCAUGUCCAUGGCAGAAGAUGAAGAUCCAAAGGAAUCUUGUCAGCUAGAGACACGGCACUGGAUUAUCACUAAUGAGGAAGGAAAUGAGGAGAGAGUUGAUGGACCUGGAGUAGUGGGGGAGUACCCAAUAAUGCGCCCCAAGGCCAUCUACUCUUACACAAGCUGUUGUUCCUUUGCCACACCCACAGGGAAUAUGAGGGGAACCUUUACUUUCAGAAAUCUUAAAACAGGACUAAACAUGGAGGUUGAAUGCCCAGUUUUCCACAUGAAGUGUUUGCCAUACAUCACAUGUGCACAGGCACACCAGCAGGCAACAGAAGUGAAGAAAGGAAAGUAGGCAUGGGACUGUAGUGAAGAAGUUUUGAAUAAUCUGCACCCUAGUAUUAAAUAGGCACCAUUUGGUAUAGUUGGUACUUCUGAGGGGAAAGGACAUAACUCAAACAAGAUCUUAGAAAUGCACAAAAGAUGUAUCAAAAUGUUUGCUACCUUUCCCUUUUUUAAAAAUAAACCAAUGAAAACUAAAUAUUUCAUUUAACACAUUUGUCAAAGUGCAAUGAAUUGAUAUACCUUUAAUUUUUGUUAAGAACUCGUUGAACUUGUGUAUAAGUAUUAUUAUAAUGAACAAUAUAUUGCUAUUUAUAUUUAACAGAAAUGAAUUUUAAAUUUCAUGAUUUGUUUAUGUUAUACAUUGGUGUUACAACAGCUGCCUUUAAAGUUUAGUUGCAGUUUAACUAUUUGACAGCUGGCUUUUUAUGAAGACAUGCAGUUGGACAAUUAUCUUGGAAUCUUGGAACAC